AUGGGCCCCUAUAUACCGCCUCCUCAUGCUGCUGCCAGGCCCUAAUCUGCCAUGGGCCCCUAUAUACCGCCUCCUCAUGCUGCUGCCAGGUCCAGAGUCUGUCAUGGGUCCCUGUACGGCCUCCCAUUGCUGCUGUCUCCAUCGCCACACUCUGCCAUGUGCCACUUUCAGGUCUCCUCACACACUGCUGGUGUGUAGAAUUUUUUGACAUAGGGUGCUGGCAGAUUACGGGCCUCCCAUAGCUGCUGCCAGGCCCCUAAUCUGCCAUAGGCCCCUAUAUACCGCCUCCUCAUGCUGCUGCCAGGUCCAGAGUCUCUCAUGGGUCCAUGUGCCACUUUGCUGGUCUCCUCACACCACUGCACUGCUGGUGUGUAGAAUUUUUUGACAUAGGGUGCUGGCAGAUUAAGGGCCUCCCAUAGCUGCUGCCAG